AUGAACCAGCAGAACCAGUCACUGCUGCAUGCUUUUACAUCUUCCAGAAGGCUCAAAGACUUGCAAAGAGGUGGCUUAACAGACAAGGAGUGUGGGAAAGAGAAAUUGAACCUGUUGCAUGAAUUCCUGCAAACAGAAAUAAAGAGCCAGUUGUGUGACUUGGAAACAUAAUUACAUAAAGAGGAACUACCUGAGGAGGACUACCUGGCUAAAGUGAAAUCUUUUUUAAAUAAAGACUUGUCCUUGGAGAACGGAACACUCUCUCUCACCUGAAAGGCCAACAGUUGUCCAGCCAACGGAAGCCAGCCAAGCCGGAGAGCAGAAAUGGCAGACUCGAAAGAACCCUCUAAACUCAGGCUGAGGAGAAGCAAGUCGGACGGUGAGACCAGUUCUGAAGCUUCAUCUAGCUCCAUGGCUGCGACGAGAACCCCCAGGCAGGCCAGCAUCACAUCUCAUUUCGGGAAGGGCCCCACUAAACGGAAACCCAAGGAAGAAUCGGAAGAGAGAAUCUCAGAUGAGUCUGUUGCAGGGAAGGACCAGGAUAAGAGACGCAGAGUUGCAGGCGCAGUGUGUGGUCCUGGAGUUUCUGUAGUGGAACCGGAAAAUGUAACACCAGGAACUCAGCUGGGUCAGGAAGAACGAGGUGAACAGGAACUUGACAGGAGACUUCUAGGUCAAACCAGAGAACUAACAUUGAGGCAGAGAUCAAGGGAGGAGCCAGGCAGAGAAGCAAGUCUAGGAACCCCCAAGGAAAUGGACGUUGAUGAAGAAGCAAAGGAUAAAAGAAGACUCAGGCCCAGAAGUCAAUCCACAAAUCUGGCCACCAAACGGAGACCCAAGGAAGAGUUGGAGGAUUUGACUCCAGAGACUCCUGAGGACAGAGACGAAGAGGAAUGGGAGGAGAAGAGACGAAAGACGACAUCCAGAGAACCAGCGGAGAAAAGGGCUGCUCGAACCAAAUCAAUCAUGAACCCAAAGAGAGACCUGUCCCGGUGCCCCCAGUGUGGCCAGUGCAUGGAUGACCCUGAUCUGAAGUACCAGCAGCACCCUUUGAAUGCUGUGGAUGAAUUCCAAAUGUUGGUCUGUGAGCAGCUGUCCAUCGUUGAUUCCAACUCAUCUGGAGAACCCAUCGAUUCCUCUCCCCUGCGCAAGAUGACUUCCUUCAGUGUAUAUUGCAGUCGAGGUCACCUGUGCCCUAUCGAUACUGGUCUUAUUGAGAAGGACAUUAAACUCUACUUCUCUGGUUGUGCCAAAGCAAUUGAUGAUGAUGAUCCAUCUGUGGAAGGUACGUGGAAUAGUCCACAUGGUGUUAAUUGCACAAACCUUGGGCCAAUCAAUGAGUGGUGGAUCACUGGCUUUGAUGAAGAUGAAAAGGCCGUCAUUGGCUUUACCACAUUUUAUGCAGAGUACAUUCUGAUGGAACCCAGCCCGGACUAUGCACCAAUAUUUGCGCCGGUACUGGAGAAGGUUAACCUCAGCAAGACUGUGAUUGAGUUCCUGCAACACAAUCCUCACGCUGUCUAUGAAGACCUAAUAAAUAAGAUCGAGACCACUGUCCCUCCUGCUGCCACCGACUUGAACCAGUUCACGGAGGACUCCCUCCUGUACCACUCCCAGUUUGUGGUGAACCAGGUAGAGAGUUACGAUGAUGCCAGAGACAGUGACGAGGCAGCCAUCUUAUUGAGUCCCUGCAUGAGAGCCCUGAUCCAGUUGGCCAAGGUCACCCUGGGACAGAGGCAAGGGGAGAGACGCCUCAAAUGGUCUCAGAAGAAGCGCAAAGAGCCCACGAAAGCCACCACCACCAAGUUGGUCUACCAGAUCUUUGAAAGUUUCUUCCCAGAGGAGAUUGAGAAGGAUGACAAGGACAAAAAGGAAAAUGCCUUUAAGCGCCGCCCGUGUGGCAUCUGUGAGGUCUGUCAGCAGCCUGAGUGUGGGAAGUGCAAGGCCUGCAAGUUUCGUGGCACUGGUGGGAGCAAACAGACUUGCCUCAAGAGGAGGUGUCCCAACUUGGCUGUGCAGGAGGCAGAUGAUGACGAGGAAGGUGAUGAUUACAUCCCAGAGGUGCCAUCACCCAAGAAGAUGGACCAAGGGAAGAAGAAGAAGCAGAACAAGGACCAUAUCUCCUGGCUAGGGGAGCCAGUGAAGACUGAAGAGAAGAGAACUUACUAUCAGAAGGUGCACAUCGAUGGAGAGACACUGGAGGUGGGGGACUGCAUCUCUGUCCUUCCAGAGGAUUCUUCCAUGCCACCGUAUCUAGCCAGGGUCACGGCACUGUGGGAAGACAAGGACGGGCAGAUGUUCCAUGCACACUGGUUCUGUGUUGGGACAGACACCAUCCUUGGAGGCACCUCCGACCCCCUGGAGCUGUUCCUGGAGGACCACUGUGAAAACAUGGAGCUUUCCUACAUCCACAGCAAGGUCAAGGUCGUCUACAGAGCGCCCUCAGAAAACUGGGCCAUGGAGGGAGGCAUGGAUCCUGAGACCAUGCCGCCAGAGGCUAAGGAUGAUGGAAAGACCUAUUUCUACCAGUUCUGGUACAACAAGAAACACGCAAGAUUUGAAUCCCCUCCCAAGACCCAGCCGACAGAGGAGAACAAACAUAAGUUCUGUCUCUCUUGUAUCCGACUGGGUGAGCUGAGACAUAAAGAAAUGCCUAAGGUCCUAGAGCAACUUGAUGAGGUGGGUGGCCGGAUCUACUGCAGUUCUAUCACCAAGAAUGGUGUUGUCUACCGAGUAGGCGACAGUGUGUACCUGCCUCCUGAGGCCUUUACCUUCAAUAUCAAGCGAGCUAUCCCCUUGAAACACUCAAAGAAGGAGUUUGUGGAUGAGAACCUGUACCCUGAGCAUUACCGCAAGAAGUGUUUGGAGUACAUCAAAGAAAGCAACCUGGAUGCUCCUGAGCCCUAUCGCAUCGGUCGGAUACAAGCAAUUCAUUGUGGCAAGGAGAAUGGCAAGGUUAAUGAGGCAGACAUCAAGAUCAAGGUCAACAAGUUCUACAGGCCUGAGAACACCCACAAAUCCACCCUAGCAACCUACCAUUUAGACAUCAACCUGCUGUACUGGAGUGACGAGGAAGCUGUGGUGGACUUCAGGGACGUGCAAGGCCGCUGCACUGUGGAGUACGGGGAAGACAUGCGUGAGAGCACCCAGGAUUACUCACAGGGGGGCCCUGACCGCUUCUACUUCCUUGAGGCCUACGAUGCAAAGAGCAAAAGCUUCAAAGACCCUCCAGACCACACCCGCAACCCUGGGAACAAAGGGAAAGGGAAGGGAAAAGGGAAAGGGGAGGCACAGUGUCACGUGUCAGAGCCCAGAGAGCCUGAGACAACCAUCCAAUUGCCUAAGCUGCGGACCCUGGAUGUGUUUUCUGGCUGUGGAGGGUUAUCAGAAGGAUUACACCAAGCAGGCAUCUCAGAGACACUGUGGGCCAUUGACUCAACGGACGCGGAAGCCCAGGCAUUUCGGCUGAACAAUCCUGGCUCCACCGUGUUCACAGAGGACUGCAAUGUGCUGCUUAAGCAGAUCAUGGCUGGCGAGAAGACCAACUCCCUGGGCCAGAAGUUCCCCCAGAAGGGCGAUGUGGAGAUGCUGUGUGGUGGACCACCCUGCCAGGGUUUCAGCGGCAUGAACCGUUUCACCUCCAAUUGUUACUCCAAGUUCAAAAACUCGCUAGUGGUCUCCUUCCUCAGCUACUGUGACUACUACAGGCCGCGUUUCUUCCUUUUGGAGAAUGUCAGGAACUUCGUGUCCUUCAAGGACUCCAUGGUGCUAAAGCUCACACUGCGCUGCCUCGUCCGCAUGGGCUACCAAUGCACCUUUGGUGUGCUGCAGGCUGGACAGUAUGGUGUGGCCCAGAAACGGAAGCGGGCCAUCAUUUUGGCUGCAGCCCCAGGAGAGAAGCUGCCUCUGUUUCCAGAGCCUCUGCAUGCGUUUGAAUCCCGUGCCUGCCAGCUGAGCGCUAUAGUGGAUAAGCAGAAGUAUGUUAGCAACAUUACCAGGCUGACUUCAGCCCCCUUCCGACCCAUCACGGUGCGGGAUACCAUGUCUGACCUCCCUGAGAUCCAAAAUGGAGCAUCGGCACCUGAGAUCUCCUACAAAGGAGAGCCACAGUCCUGGUUCCAGAGGCAGGUGCGGGGCUCACACUACCAGCCCAUCCUCAGGGACCAUAUCUGCAAGAAUAUGAGACCAUUGGCGGUUGCCCGCAUGCGGAACAUUCCACUGUUCCCAGGAUCAGAUUGGCGUGACCUGCCCAAUAUAGUCGUGCAGCUGCCAAAUGGCAUUAGGACCAAGAAGCUGCGCUACAAGUACCAUGACACGAAGAACGGCUACAGCAGCACUGGCGCCAAGCGUGGGGUCUGUUCCUGUGUAAUACCUGGUAAGGAAUGCAACCCCACAGCCAGGCAGUUCAACACCCUCAUCCCCUGGUGUCUGCCGCACACUGGGAACCGGCAAAACCACUGGGCCGGCCUCUACGGGCGCCUGGAGUGGGAUGGCUUCUUCGGCACCACUAUCACCAACCCUGAGCCCAUGGCGAAGCAGGGCCGUGUGCUCCACCCAGAGCAGCACCGGGUGGUGAGCGUGCGGGAGUGUGCCCGCUCCCAGGGCUUUCCGGACACCUACCGGUUCUUCGGCAAAAUCUUGGCCAGACACCGGCAGGUGGGUAACGCUGUGCCACCACCGCUGGCCAAAGCCAUUGGCCUGGAGAUCAAGCUCUGUAUGUUGGCCAAAGCUCAGGAGAUUGCCGCUGCUUCAGGCUUCAGAAUAUUCCUCUUUGUCUCAGAUCUUCAUGUCAAUGACAUCGGGGUCAUUCUCAAGCGUGUCUUGGGCCUGUGA